CGUAGCCUAGUAGGAUGUGUUUAUUGAAGAUGGUGGCGGUGUGUCAGACUCACUGCCUUGGACAAUUGUAAUAAUUUAUUUAUCUGUACAUAUUUCCAACAUCGGCUACGUCUGACUGCAGCCUCUUCAGUGACGUCCUUUACAGUGACCUGGUCCUUGGACCUGCCAACUCUGCAGACAUGCAGCCCCCUCCUUGGGCCGGAGCUCCAGGAUCCUCUGGGCCACCUCCCUCUGGACCCAAUAUGUUCCGAAGGACCAGGCCUCCAAAGCAUGCAACAACAGCAGCUGCCACAAUGCCUCUUCCUACCCAGCCCAUGACGGAUCCUUUUGCUUUUGGUAGAGCUCAGCCCCAUGUGGCUGCAGGUGGUCUUCCGACAAUACCGAACAGUAACUCUCCCCAAAUGCAAACCCCACCCAGCACCAUUUACUCUCAGCUUGGUCCUGGCCUGCCUCCACAACCACCAACGCUAGAAGAUGUUCCAGCUGCACCGACUGGUCCUCCACCAUCGUCUGUUCCAGCGGUGACCUUAUUUAACCCUCAUAGUUCGGCGUCCCCUGGUGUUCUCCCAGCACCAAGUUUUACAGGAUAUGCAUCUUCUAAUAGUGAACAAGAUUAUUUUAACUCAAGGUAUCAGGCACCAACCACUUCCACAGAAUCACCACAUAUAGCACCAACAUCUAGUGAGACACAUUUCAACCAAGAAUUCCAAGGGCAGCCUGCUUUUCAUCCUGCACCUUUUCAGCCACUUGCCCCCAAUUCCUCAUCUGCUCAGUGGGUCCCUGAUCAUGGAAGUCGUCCUCCAUCAGUUCAAAACUAUUUCCAGCCAACUAGUGAUCCUCUACCACAACCUUUAAGUUUCACUUCACAGACUUCUUCCCACAGCCAGUCACCCCAUCUCAAUGCCCCUGCACUUCCAAUUCAACCUGGACAUCCUCACAGUCAACCCUGCCUUCCCCCUCCGAACCCUGUAGCACCUAAUAAUUCCCCGUGGCCUGAUCCAAAUGGACCCCAGCAACAAAAUUCACGUUUCCAGAGUUACUUAAAUCAAAGCUCUGAGGCCCAGGAGUUUUGGUGCAACCAACCUCCACAGGACUCAGGUUAUCACCAAAUGGGAAUUGGCCAGAGCCAUCCUCAACCUGCUGCAGACUCUGCAGGAUAUCAGCCUGUGUCCAACACUGAGCAUGGACCUACUACCAGACCUGGGCCUGCUGCUAAUUCUGCCCCAGACCCAUGCUCUCAUGAGCCUGGUGCCCUCACAAUGUUUUUUAAAGACAGUGAUGUGGAAAACAAGGAAACACUCUCUAGUGAGAGAAUCAAGGCAUUAAAUGGUGUUGAUGGUUUUUCUCAGCCGCAUAACAGUCCACAAGACCACAGUAGUCAUGCAGAUGCUUCUUUGCAUUACCAAGGAGUCUCUGUUCAAGAUGAUUCACACGUUCCCUAUAUGAAUGAAAGCAGUCACCUUUCACAGGGAAAUACCCAGAAGUCACCUGAUACUCAGUUUGAUCAUGUGGAGAAUCUGGAAUGUGUCCCAAAUCAGGAAGUAUUACCUAGUGAAAUCCAUAGCAGUACUGCUGUUUCUGCGCCCCAUGGAGUGGACCAGUUUGAAACUGGGCCAAAUCUGGAAACUCCAGAUUCAGUUCCACGACCAAUGAGAUCAGCCAGUGUAUCAUCUAAUUAUAGCAAUCUGAGCCAUGGAAGUGGGACUGGCACCCGUCGACACAAGGGAGUUGAAGGCACCUUUAUUCAACAGGAAAGCCCACGUCUUGCCGAUGGCGCCAACCCAUCUGCUGCCACCGGAGGCUACUUUGAGCAGAUUGAUACCUCUCCAGCUUUAGAAGCAGGCACACAGCAGAGUUCCCUGGAGCAGAUGUGGCCUUCCACGCCUAGCCCUCCAAAACCAACUGGCAUUUUUCAAGCAAGUGCUAAUAGCUCCUUCGAACCUGUGCGCUCUCAUGGAGUUGGGGUGCGUCCACCUGAGGUGGAUAGAGCUAAAAUGGUGGCUGAAGGGGGCACCGACACAUCAGGCAACUUGGAGCAGCCACCUGAUAAUAUGGAAAAUAUUUAUGGCCCAGGACACCCCCAGCCUGCUGCAGGAGGUGUAAUACCUCAUGUGACACACCCAGUGGUUCAUUCUCGGCCUUCAUCACGUGCUUUUGGGGCCAGUCGUCCGUGCGAGAGUCCUGCCACUACUUUGUGGGCUCAAAAUGAUCCUACAAGUUUGGGUGCUAAUAUCCUCCUUGCUCCUGCAGCCCCAACAGUUCUUGCUCCUUUGCGAGAACCAAGCGUUGAUGUCAUCCAACCACCAGAAGAUGGCCCACUAGACCUGCAGCCUUCACAGAGAAUCCAGCCAACUAGUCACCAACACUCAGAGAACUUAGAGAACCCACCAAAGGUGAGUGAUUCAGAGACAAAUGACUCUCAAGGCAAUCUGGGCUAUGCUUCUCUGCUCGUGUCUGGCUCACUUCAGCAGCCUUUUCUAAUUGCCCCACCAGUCUCCAAUUACAAUGUGAUUCCCCCCAGUUCCCCAGCUCAAUCAUCCACCCAGAGUAGUCAUGGGGAAACUAUCCCACCUGAGAGACCUCUUGCACAGGGACUGGGUGCCAGUAGUUCCCAACCACCUGCUAUUUAUUCUAAACAAAAUCCGCUCCUUUCUUCGGGACCCGUACCUUUAUGUUCUUCAGCUUAUAACUCGGGUCCACUUAAUUUGACUCGAGACAAAAUGGUUGCGGUACUAUCAGAAAUUGAAACUCCACCACAGUCUCAACCAGUCCAUCCCUCUCUUUCAAGAGGCCAAUCAUUAAGUGGAGACAACCACUCUACUCUGCACGUUAAUUCACAGCCUUCUUCUCUUGUGACUGCGUCUGUCUCUAAUCGGGAAUCAAAUUAUGAACUGCUUGAUUUUUCUAUGCACCAAUCUCAUGCCCGAAUUCAAGCGUCUGACCAACCUCCUUCUCUACACGAGAUGCCUCAGUCUAGUAAUGGAUUUUACCUGCAGGUCACCAAAGAUUCUCAGCAGGGGGUAAGAGAGGGAGGAAAUAUCCCUGUCCAAACCACAGCUUCGUUAUCUACCCCACAGGUACCGUUAGUACUCCCCCAAGCAGGUGCCAACGUGCAGCAAACUCAAAAUGAACCUUCUCAGACAUCAGACCCUCAGGCUGCACGGCAGGGACCAAAAGAUGCUCCUCCUGUUCCUGUAAGUGGAGCACAACCUCUUCCUGGUCCGAGUUCAGUUUCAGCGCAAGGGCCUACAGCAGGGAGUGCUCCUACGACCGCUUAUCCUCCAGGGCCACGAGGGCCUGUGCCUCCAGGGGCUUCACAUCCAGCUCCGGCAGAGCCACCUCGACCACCUUCAUCAGCAGGCAGCCAUCAAGGUGGCUAUGGACCUCCUCCUGUUCCUCCUCCCGGGGCAGGACAGAUGUAUAGUGGUUAUUAUAGCAGUUACGGAGAAUAUCCAAAUAACAGAGCACCGUAUCCUCCAGGCCAAUGCCCACCUCCACCUGGAGAUCCCAGAGCACAACCAUAUUAUCAAGACGGUUCAUACCAGGGCAGAGCAGAUCCCUGGUACGGCAGAUACGAAGGGCAAAACCCAGGAUACCGUGAUCCAAACUAUCAAUACAGAGAACCACAAUCGGAUCGGCCCAGCUCAAGGGCUAGUCAGUAUUCUGACAGACCCUCGUCAAGGCAAGGCUAUGAUUACCAACAAGCAAACCAAAGUGCCUACAGUGAUUAUUAUGCAGAAUAUUCCAAACACUAUGAUUAUGGAGGAUACAAUUAUGGACAUUACGACCCACGAUACAGAGGAUACUAUGAUCAAGCCUACUGGUCGUAUUACAACAAAGCAUACGGAAACAAUUAUUAUAAUCAACAAAUGUAUCCCACCAGGAAAGAGGGAUAUGAUGACCCGUGGCAGUACUAUCCUGGGUAUGAUGCCAGUUUUGAUGAUGACAACUCACGUUCCAGAGACCCGUAUGGUGAUGACUUUGACCGCCGCAGCGUACACAGCGAGCGGUCCACACACAGUGUGCACAGCUCCCACAGUCACCACAGCAGACGGAGCAGCUUCAGCUCACGAUCACAACAGAGCCAGGUGUACAGGAGCCAACCUGACCUGGUAUCUGCAGGUUAUGACACCACAUCAUCCACUCUGGCUGUGGACUACUCUUAUGGGCAAUAUCCAAAUCAGGUUGAUGCCUCCCAGAACUACAGCCAGUACCCAUAUACUUCAGAGUACACUUCCAAUAGUACCUGGGUUGCUCCUGAGCAACCUCCCCCUCGUCCUGCAACCCCAGAGAAGUUCACCAUACCGCACCGCUGUGCCCGCUUUGGACCUGGUGGUCAUCUGAUUCAGGUCUUGCCUAAUCUUCCCUCAGCUGGACAGCCUGCUCUGGUUGAUAUCCACAAUAUGGAGACCAUGCUGCAGGACACCUCAGAUCAGGCUGAACUACGAGUUUUUCCCGGACCUCUUAUUAAGGAGGAGACCCAUAAGGUGGAUGUAAUAAAGUUUGCUCAGAACAAAGCGCUGGAGUGUUCUCGUGACAACAACUUGCUGGAUAGAGACUCUGCCCGCCUGCUCUGGGACUUUAUUGUGCUGCUCUGUAGACAGAAUGGGACUGUUGUUGGAACAGACAUCGCUGACCUGUUGUUGAAAGAGCAUCGCUCGGUCUGGCUACCAGGCAAGAGUCCCAAUGAAGCCAACUUGAUUGAUUUUAACAAUGAACCUCUAGCACGCGCUGAAGAGGAGCCUGGAGCCGGACCGUUGUCCCUUCUGUCAGACACGUUUAUGACUGUCCCCGAAAAUGUUGGCAAGGAAACCGAACGUUUCAGGGAGCUGCUGCUGUUCGGCCGCAAAAAAGAUGCGCUGGAAGCAGCCAUGAAGGGAGGUCUCUGGGGUCAUGCUCUGUUGUUGGCCAGUAAGAUGGACAACAGGACACAUGCACGUGUCAUGACGAGGUUUGCCAAUAGUUUGCCUAUGAACGAUCCUCUCCAGACAAUGUACCAGUUGAUGUCAGGAAGGAUGCCUGCAUCAGCCACGUGCUGUGGAGAGGAGAAGUGGGGUGACUGGUGUCCUCAUCUGGCCAUGGUGUUGUCAAACCUCACCCACAAUGUGGACCUGGAUACUCGGACUAUCACCACUAUGGGUGACACCCUUGCUUCUAAGGGGUUGACGGAUGCGGCACACUUCUGCUACCUGAUGGCUCAAAUUGGACUGGGAGUUUUCACAAAGAAGAGCACCAAGAUGGUUUUGAUUGGCUCCAACCACAGUUUGUCCUUUAAUCAAUUUGCAACCAAUGAAGCAAUUCAGAGGACUGAAGCCUAUGAGUAUGCUCAGUCUCUGGGCUCCCAGCCGUGUUCACUGCCUAACUUCCAGGUGUUCAAAUUAAUCUAUGCAUGCCGAUUGGCUGAGGCAGGCCUGUGUGCACAGGCCUUUCAUUACUGUGAGGUCAUUUCAAAGUCUGUCCUCAUGCAUCCCUCCUACUACUCUCCUGUGUUCAUAAGCCAGAUUAUUCAGAUGUCAGAGAAGCUACGGUUCUUUGAUCCUCAAUUGCGGGAAAAACCUGAGCAGGAGUUGUUCGUUGAGCCUGAAUGGUUGAUUCGCCUCCGACAGUUGGAUGGACAGAUAAGGACUGGAGUUAUCACUUACAAUGUGGACAGAUCUACUCCUGCUCCGUUUGACGGCAGCAGCGAAUGUUCUGACUUGGACCAGCCGACUCCCUCUGAACCUUACAGCAUGCCACCUGAAGUGGAUGGCCAUGCGCCUGAUAACCCACUCAUGAGUUCAUUAAUGCCAGGACCUCCAGCUCAAGGAGUACAGUUGAUGCCCCCAGCUCCCACCUCUUUUCUUCAAGACAAGAUGGCUCCUCCUCAGCAUUUACCCUUUAACGAGGCGCCGCAGGUUUACUCAGCACCCCCUAGUGGACCACCAGGCCAUGCCCCGAUGCUAAAUAGCUUUGCCCCUCCCCCGUUUCACCCUCAACCUGAGCAGUUAGAGAUCCAUCCAGGGGCCCAUCAGCAGCAUUUCCCUCCCCCACAGGAGGGCCAGAUGUCCCCGCACACACUUCCCUCACAGGUGCCACAUUCACCUAUACAGAUGAUCCCCCCACCCUUACAAGUACCGCAGCACAUGCCGCCUUCCCCUGGCCACAUGGCACCUAUGGAGCAGCCUCCCCUGGUGCCCCCAGAGAUGCACAGUGCUCAACAAAUAUCAUCGUCCCCACCAAGGGGCUCCUUCACGCCUCAGAUGGACUUUUAUGACCACAUGACUAACAUGGGACCUGGCAGAACUCGAACAAUUUCCCAAUCUUCAAUGCAUAUGGCAUCAGGGCGCAGCUCUCGCAGAACUUCUGUGUCAUCAACUCACUCUGGAGGAAGAGAGCGAAGCAACUCGGCUGUGAAACAGGUCUCUCCACCACCUGCCUCUAUUCCCGAGCAGCCACGUAAAGAAGAGGCCAAGAAAGCGAAGAAAGAGUCACCUGAAAAGAGUAAAAGCUGGCGCUUUUGGCCCUUUGGAAAAAGGAAAAACGAGGCUCACUUGCCAGAUGAUAAAAACCCCUCCAUUGUUUGGGAUGAAAAGAAGAACAGAUGGGUUGACUUGAAUGAGCCUGAAGAGGAGAGUAAGCCCCCUCCUCCACCUCCGACUGGUUUUCCUAAGAUGCCUCAGAUGCCCCAGAUGCCCGGUCCUGGAGGGCCAAUGGCUCCGCCGGGUAGUGGUGCUCCUGUCAACAUGUUUUCCAGGAAGGCAGGUACCAAGAGCAGAUAUGUGGAUGUUUUGAACCCGAGCAGAACCGUUAAACCAAGCGGAGGCGCCCCUCCUCCAGGGGACAUCUUUGCUCCUUUGGCCCCGAUGCCCAUGCCUGCAAACCUGUUUGUGCCUAGUUCAGCUCCUGACGAUCAACAGCCUCUGGAGGGAAGUGAAGGAGGAACUCAGGAGCAAAAUUCACCGAACUCCACUGCUGCUCCACAGAUGUUCAACCCGACAUUGUUACCACCAGCCUCAGAAGGUCCUCCUUGUCCUGAUGGCUCUCAGUCCGGGGAGCUGUCACGUUCUAGCUCAAUGAGUUCUUUAUCACGUGAAGUGAGUCAGCAUUUAAACCAGAGUCAUCCUGCCCAGGGACCUGCACCAACUGGAGGCGUCACUUUUUAUAACCCUGCACAGUUUGCACAGACAAGUGCACCAUCAGGAGGUGGACCGCGGUCCGGCCGUUUAGGCGGCCAGCGCCAGUACCCAGUAUUGAAGUAAACGUCUGAGGAAAAAACUGUCAACGGCUUUUGUUGGACAAACCGAGUCUGUCUAGGAGGAAAUGAAGCACAUGGACAUGCUGCUCUCUGUCUUAAGGACUCGUCUUUUUGCCUUUACAUAAGAGGAGCUUCAUCCCAUUUUGUUGGUCUUCGUCCAACUGCUAAACCACUUUUUCUUUUUUAGCCCAGUGUCACUGGUGUAUCCUUUAAGGGCUUAUUCCUGCAACCAAUCAGGAAACAUAGUUGAAGAAGAAAUUUUAUCAUGAUUAUCCAUGAUACACAAACUGCAUGUUGGCAAAAUUUAGUGUACAAUAAAUGUGUUGCUAUACUAAAGCUGCCAGCGUCCCCUUAAAAUUAACAAACACUGUUAGAAAGAUCAUCGUCCCAUGUCUGGUUUUACGCUUCUGUUUGUCUGAGGUGCAGAUGCCUGAUUGGGUGUGUGAAGGAUGGAAAGCAAAGUAGCACCUUUUAUUUUCAUAAUGUAGACUUUGUAUGUGCAGCUUUUUUGUUUCUGUUAUCUGGAGGUGGCGAUUUGUGUCAAUAGUGCUUUGUGAUGCCGUGUUUAGCCUUUUAUUUUGUCGCCCUCCAAGAAAGGAAGCAUGUUAGACGAGACGGAAAUGUUUUAGGAUGCUGCUUAUUUCAGGUAUUUAUUUAAAUGUCCUUUUUUCCCUCCCCACAUUAACUAUCCACUGUUAGACAUGUCAGGUCUUUGUCCACAUUUGUCUCAAACCUUUGAGCAUAGACGAGUGAAGCAAUGGUCAGAAUAGCAGAAGCCAGGAUUAAAGAUGAAUUUUUAAAUGAUAGAGAAAAAGAAGCUAUCCAAAUAUUUGUAUAUCAGAUUGAAUGUAUUUACAAAAUGUGUGAGAGUUUGUGUGUGAAAAACUAAUUUUUUCAAGUAGGCUUUGACAAAAAAAUAAUUGCAUUUAUGAUUUAAGAAAUUGCAAUCAUUCUAAUUAUUUGUAUUGGCUGCUUCUGCAUACAAAUAAACCUUUAAAUUGUAAACAGUUA